AAUAUGACUGACUUUUACCAUUUCUUGCAUUAUUAUAGUAUAGUAAGUGGAAGUUGCAUGAUCCUGGAAUAGUUAUACAAAGGAGUGCAUGCCAAACAGAUGCCUGAAAACCAAUUGCACCUUCUUAUCCUGCAUUAGCUAGCACUAUGUUGCACUUUACUCCACAUAUGAACAGUGUAAAUGGUAACCACAAUGUUGACAUUGUGGGGAAAGCAUAACGUCACCACUUUCUUUUAUGAGUGACUGAUGAGCGAUGGAGGAGCAAAAAGUCACCCUGAAGUUUUUCAAGACUCUCUCAGAGGAGGAGAAUGAGGACAUUAUGCAAGAGGACGAGGAGCGAUCACAGAGUUUUAAUGUAAAGAAACAUGGGAAUAUGACUUUUGAAGAUGGUGUGGAGAACAGUAGAGACUCUUUAUCACAUGUUAUAUUGCCUAAUGAAGGGGAGAAGUUGACCUCUAACUCAAUUGAACAUAUAACCAGGAGAGAAGCAGGAAGUGACUCAGACAUGAUAGACAAUGAGAGGAAUAAUGUCAACCUAACAGAGCAGCAAAGCGUGGCUGUGAAUGCUGAAAAUGGCUUGGAGAAACAGAGCUCUGCAACAAAUCAAGUCCAAAAUAAGAUGCCAGACGGGCACUGUGACAAAGAUAACAGCUGCAGCAAAAAGGGUUGUCACAUAUCGGAGAACUUGCUGGAUGAAUGUGCCUUGGAGGAAACUCUGCAACCAAAUACAGGUUGGGAUUGUGUUGCACCAGUCAGUCUCAAGCAGGACGACAAUGAAGAAGUCGACCAGAGAGGAACAAAAGACUAUAAAAAGGUUCACUUCAGGGAAGAUGUCACAAGUGUUUCCAGUCCGGAUGUGGGUUUUGACCCAGAAGAAUCUGCCAAAAGUCAAUCUAAAACCAAACACGUUGAACCGAUAGUAACAGUGGAGCAAACCGGUGGCCCUUCCUGCUUUACAGAUGACAAUGAAGAAGAGAGGGCAGGUGCAGAAGAGGACAGCGAAGAAGAGAAAAGAGAUGCAUUUCCAGACUUCUCCGCCCAACUUCACCAUCCCUCCAGCCCAAAAGACACUUCAAAUAUUUGUAUAACAUCUGCAGGUAACAGCCCUCCACCUGAAGGCACCUUCACCAGAGCCACCUUCACCCCAGGCUCCCCCACCGACAAGCCGCUCCCGGCCCUCUUCAGCGGCCUCAGGGUCCUGAGGAAGGGGGUGGUCGGGCCCGAGCACGACACCGUGGCCCAGAUCAAACCUUCAUCUCAAGGUGCAAGGAGGGAACUCUACCCUGAGAGGCAAGGGGAUGUUAAAGUUCAGAAGAGCUUCCUGGACCAGAUCUCCAAUUUACUGAACACGGAAAAGAGAGGAGAUGAGAAAGAGGAGAGGGAGGGAAUGGACGCUGAGGGAGACCAGGAUGAGAAUGAGAUUGAAGAAGGUCAAGAGGAUGAGAGGACAGACCUCGAAACCAAGGAAGACGCAGAGUCCACGAAGCCUUCUCUGUCCAGUGCAGAGGCCGCAUUCGAUGCCUUCAAAGCUUUUUUCACCCCAAAGCCUUUGAAGAAGGACCCAGCAGAGAAGGUGGACCUGGAGGCCGUGAGGAAGAAGAUAAGAGCAGAUAAAGAUGUGCUAAAAGCGCUUUUUGAGAGAUCCUCCAAAAAGACGCCAGAGAAGAAAGAUUCAGCUGAUGGCAAAUCAGAAGCAUCCACCUCAGGAGAGGGAGAGGAAAGAACUCCUGGUCGUCUACAAGCCGUCUGGCCACCACUUAAAGAGGAAAAGGUUGGGCUCAAGUACACAGAAGCAGAGCACCAGGCUGCUCUCCUGCAACUGAAGAGAGAAUGUAAAGAGGAGUGGAAAAGUUACAGGUCAGAGGAGUUUGGUCAGGAACUCUCCAGACUGAGGGUGGAGAACGAGGACAAUGUCGCCCGUCUGGAGCUCACUCUGGCCGAGCUGCAGGCUGAACUCUCUCAGUUUGGGACCCGCCAACGUGGGGAAUGCAAAGAUGUCGCUGUAUCAACGGGAGACGACUUUUUAAACAAAUCUUUCCGCACAGUCUGCAUCCAGACCGACCGGGAGACAUUUGUAAAGAUUCCUGAAGAUGGAGAAGGUGCAGGGAGAGCCUACACAAGCCCUCAACAGCAGAAGGUGACCCCCAAAAAGCUGGACCUGGCUUCUAUCAGCCUCAGCCUGGCUGGGCAAAGGGACGAUACUUUGUCUUCCCCAUCUUAUGACCCUCCAUCCCAAACUCUUCCUCCACCUGGAACCAUACAACCUCCAUCAGAACAACCACCCGCUCCUUCUCAGACCACCAACACAGACAGUCUGCCUCUUCCUCCCCCUCCGCCUUGUUUGUCUUUCCCCCUAAACCACAUGCAGCCGUCAAAUGGCCUUCCACCGCCACCACCUACUCCUCCACCUCCUCCUCCAUCCAUGCCUGGCUUUAUACCUCCACCACCUCCUCCUCCAUCCAUGCCUGGCUUUAUACCUCCUCCACCUCCCCCUUCAUCCAUGCCUGGCUUUAUACCUCCUCCACCUCCCCCUUCAUCCAUGCCUGGCUUUAUACCUCCUCCACCUCCUCCUCCAUCCAUGCCAGGCCUUAUGCCCCUUCCACCUCCUCCCCCUCCAGUUGGGGGUUUCAGUUUUGAAGUACCUCCCAGGAAACCGACAGUGGAGCCUUCCAGACCCAUGAAGCCACUUUACUGGACCAGAAUCCAGAUCCAGGACAAGAAUAACAAGACACUGUGGAACAUUUUAGAGGAGCCAGAUAUAAUAAAUGCCAGCGAGUUUGAGGAGCUUUUCGCCAAAACCACCACACAGACCAAGAGGAAGCCGCUGUCAGAGGCUUACCAGAAGAAAGCCAAAGCCAGGAAGAUCAUUAAACUGUUGGACGGGAAGCGCUCUCAGGCCGUGGGCAUCCUAAUAUCUAGCCUCCACCUGGAGAUGAAAGACAUACAACAAGCUGUCCUGGCAGUGGAUCACUCUGUGGUGGACCUGGAGACAAUUGAAGCACUGUAUGAAAAUAGAGCGCAGCCAGAAGAACUGGAGAGAAUCAAGAAACACUACGAGACGCCAGAGGAAGAGGAAGUUAAACUGCUGGACAAACCUGAACAGUUCCUGUAUGAGCUGUCUCAGAUCCCAGACUUUGCAGGCAGAGCUCGCUGCAUCAUCUUCCAGUCGGCUUUUAUCGAUGGGAUCGCAUCCGUCCAACACAAGCUCAACACAGUUUCAUCUGUCUGUAAAGCUCUGCUGGAGAGCGAUGGUGUGACGGAGGUGAUGGGACUGGUGUUGGCUCUGGGGAACUACAUGAACGGAGGCAACAGGACCAGAGGUCAGGCCGAUGGCUUUGGCCUGGAGAUUCUACCCAAACUGAAGGAUGUCAAGAGCAAGGACAAUCGUAUCAGCUUGGUGGACUACGUGGUGUCGUACUACCUGCACAAUGUGGAUAAGCACUCCGGCACAGAGAAGAGUAUUUUCCCACUUCCUGAACCUCAGGACGUCUUCUUGGCUGCACAGGUCAAGUUUGAUGACCUCAACAGAGACCUGAGACAGCUCGGACGAGAUCUGAUAAGAUGCGAAAAAGAUGUACAGAAGGUUUGCUCUGAUUCUCCUGGAAAAAACCUGCAGCCGUUUAAGGACAAGAUGGAGGCUUUUGUUCUCAGCGCAAGAAAAGAACAUGCAGAAGCUUCCUACCUGUUGAUGACUGUACAAAAAAGUUUUCAGGACUUGGUUCUGUACUUUGGACUGAAGCCCAAAUCGGGAGAGAAGGAGGUGACCCCCGCUCACGUCUUGAUGCUCUGGUUUGAGUUUUGUGCCGACUUCAAGGCCAGUUGGAAGAGGGAGAACAAGACCAUCUAUAACGAGAGAUUAAAAGAGGCUCAGCUGUCAGUGAAGAGAAUCACAGCGGAGAAGAAGGUGGAAACCAGAAAGAUCAACCCCAACAGCCUGAAAGAGAGACUGCGUCAGAAAGAAGCCAACAUGUCUUCAACAUAGACAAGACGGAUCCAUUGUGUUCAUCCCACUAGAUGUUGGCAAUGAUGGCAAACCAACUGUUUUACUCAACACAAGAUGAACUUUAUAGAUUUAAAAAAAAAAAAAAGAACUCUACUUUUACUUGAUAAUGUAGAACUUAUUCACUGACUUAUAUAAUUCGCUACCGAAAAAUGUAAUAAAUGUGCAAUAUUUAGAAUUUAAUAUUAUAAACUUAAGCUCUGUAAUUACAUUCAACUUUCUAGGCAAAUGAUUUGCAUUGAUUUGUACUCCUUUAAUCCUCCUUAAACCUGGUUUUCUACAAAUAAAAUCAUUGAUCAGAAAAU